GCCAAGCGUAUUUGGCGGGCUCAUCGCGUUUAGACGGCGUCGUUCGUGGUUGCUCGCGACUCUUUCGUGCUGAGUGAGUGCUGAAUAUCUGCGUCGCGCAAUGGCUGGCGGAAAAGCGGGCAAGGACUCGGGUAAGGCAAAGGCAAAGGCGGUCUCCCGUUCGGCCAGGGCCGGCCUACAGUUUCCCGUAGGCAGAAUUCACAGGCAUUUGAAAAACAGAACCACGAGUCAUGGUCGAGUAGGCGCUACUGCGGCGGUGUACAGUGCGGCCAUUUUGGAAUAUCUCACGGCCGAGGUGUUGGAGUUGGCGGGGAACGCAUCAAAGGAUUUGAAAGUCAAACGUAUCACACCCAGACAUUUACAACUUGCAAUCCGUGGAGAUGAAGAAUUAGAUAGUCUUAUUAAGGCAACAAUUGCGGGAGGAGGUGUUAUACCACAUAUUCACAAAUCGCUUAUCGGCAAGAAAGGUUCACAGAAGCCGGCAUAAUUUAGCGACAAUUAACAACUGAAACACAUUUCAAGAUACGUGUGUGCAAACAAGAAGGAGCAAAAGAAAGCAGAAGAAUGAUUGUUGACGAAGUGUACCUAGGGUUACUAAAUCGACGAAGUGGCUGGCGUGAUAUACAUAUAUAAAUAUAUAUAUAUAUAUAUAAAUAUAGAGCUAUAAAUAAAAACAGAUAUAAUGAUAUAAUUUAAUAUAGAUAAACAAAAUAUGAGAGUUAAAGGAAAAAAGACAAAUGUUCAUUACUCGAUUGGCAAACGGACGAGACAGGGAAAAAAAGGGGCUUUUCAGACGAGAAUAACAAAAAAAAAAAGGGUUUCGACGAGUGGUAGUGAGCGAUGCGUUGUAGCAUGGCUCGGUAACGGCAGUUUUCAAAACAGUUUGCAAGUUGAGAACACUGUGCGUAAACAUUGGAAGCUGCGGAAAGCUUAUAAACAAGCGUUUUCAAUUACCAUGUGUGUUUUAGUUAUUUAUAAUACAUCGAAGACGCUUUUUGCUAAAUCGUCGCCUUUCAAUUUUGUCUCGUCUCGCUUUUGAUAACUUGAAAUUAAGUCUAAACAAUUUGUUUUUUCAAGGAAUUCCAAGAAAAUGUGCGAAUUCUCAAGAAAUGUGUUCUUACGUCAUUCAACGCGUUAUUGACACUUGGUUUUAAUUUGGUUUGCAAUAAUAAUCUAAUUUUUGUUGUAGAACAAAUUUCUAUUUGGCAGGUCAAACACGUUUCCGAGAUUGAACAAAUAUAGUGUUGUUUUGGAUAUACUUCGUUUUUAAAGAAAAACAGCGUCGUUCUUAUGCUUCGUGUUGUGUGUAAACAAAACAAAUUUGUAUAACAUGUAGCGGCUGCACGUUCCGAUGUAUUAUUCACACGCGUUAUAAUAAUACUUCAAAUUUGCACACAGUUUGCAAAAUUUUCACACGUAUCAGAUAAGAAGUUUUCUUUUUGUCACGAUAAAAAGAAAUUUAUAUAAAAACGUAAAUCGAAAAUAAUUAGAAGAACUGAUAAUUCUUGUAAUUCGAAGUUUGACUCCACUUUGCCAAAUACGUAGAGAUACAAAAACUUUGAAUUUUUCAGUCUUUUAAUCUGCUGAUUAAACGUAAUCUCCGUUUUGCACUUUAUCUAUAGUUCACAGAGGUUUUCUUGCGCUUUUCUCCUGUCCAAAAUUACGUUCGUUAUAAUAUUGUGUACGAUUUCGAUCGCAAAUAUUCAAAUUCAAAAGUUGUUUGUUUGCGUGUGAUUCGAUUGUACAUAGUUUCCAAUUAAACUUAAAAAAAAAACUCGUAUCAAAAGAAUUUAUAUUUUGAGACUCUAUUCUUCGAAAGUAAAUGAAAAAUAGUUUUUUUCUCGACACACAUAAAUUUAAUGAGUCGAAAUGUUGCAAAUUUUUUUGAGUAUGUAGCAAAGACUGACUUCAACUCUUUUAAAAAAAAAAACAAAACUAUAAUCUAAAA